UCCUUGAGUCAAAACUGAGCCAUAUGAGGUGAACCUGCUUUACUCGCGCUUACAUUGUGGUAGUCAGCUAACGGUGGCAUAUUGUCUUACGAUGAUAUCAGCUAGCUUGCUGGCUAGUUAGCUAAAUUAGUUUGUUGCCACAGCCUUUAUCAGAUUUAGCUGUUUGGCUUGGCCUAUGUUUCUGGCGGAAGACGGAUGAAAUUAGUGUCUUCCAUCAUGUCGAAGUCGUUCCGUUAUUUUUAGCUAGGACUGCAGGCUAGCGCAGCUAAUAGCGGCAAGCAAAGCGUGACUAAUCGGUCUGUUAAUACAAUACAAUGGAGCAGUGGCAGGACGCGGCCUCUCAGCAGGUCAAGCUGCUUACACAUCGUCUCAAUGAACUGUUGUCCAAAGGACUGGGGCUGCUGCGCUCCGAGCUCGGCGUGGAUUUGGGACUGAAGCCUGAGCUUAUUCCGCCAUGGGUGAUCCUCUUAGCGGCAUGUACCGGGCUGGUGCUAAUGGUCGCUCUGUGGGCCUCAACCUGUCGGGCUCUCUUCAAGAAACGACCCACUGUGAGCCCUGUGGACGACGGCAUUGAAGUUAAGCGAGGUGUCAGUAAACCUGUCAAAUCAGAGGAACCGAAGAAAAAGAAGAAGAAGGCAGAAAAGAAAGCCCAGUCAAAUGGGAGAGCUGUCGCUGAACCACAGGAAGAAGCCAUUGAGUCGGAAGAGAUAGUGCCACAUCACCAGUCGCCCCCACCAGAAGUCAAGGCUGAAAAGGUUGCAGAGGUAAAGAAGUCCAAAAAGAAAGCCAAACAGGCUUUAAAGGAGACCAAGACUGUGACUGCAGAUGGCAAAGAACCAGAAGAAGGCACAUGGGAGACUAAGGUCAGCAACAAGGAGAAGCGUGAGCAACGCAAGAAAGACAAGAGUUCCAGCGAUGGCUCAGUCAGUCCUGGAGGAGGGGACACACCCGUGAGCACUCCCCCUGAGCAACCCAAGGCCUCUGCAGCCCACGCACCUGCCACCCAGAAGAAAAAAAAAGGAGAACCCACAAAAGUGAAGGCAGAGAAGGCUGAGGCUGUUGUAUCUCAAGUUAACAGCAACGUGGUGGCAGCGGUGGCUGCUGGUGUGACUGACAUGGCUGUAAAGGUUCCUGCUCACAACGUUGCCCCAAAGACGGGCCCGUGGACAACCAGUAGAGAAACGGCGUCAGUUUUGAGAGCGGAGAUUGAUGAGUCAUGGACUGUGAUUGAGAGGGGGAUGCCGACAACAGAGCGAAGUCUGGUGUCUUUAACUGGAUUGAGUGCUGAGCCCCAGCCUGUGAGGGAUCUGCCCUGGCUCAGUCAGCCCAGAGUGGACGACGAGUGGUCUGGACUCAAUGGUGGUUCAGUCGACCCCAGCUCUGACUGGAACGCCCCCUCUGAAGCCUGGGGCAACUAUGAAGAGCCCACUCCUGAGCCCCCUCCCGCUCAGGAGCAAACCCUCCCUGAGCCCGCCAAGGUUAAUCUGCUGAUUAGAGCGGCUGACGAGGAUGAAGAUGAGAAGGACAAGGGAGAAACUGCUGCUGAUGGAGCAGCUAAAACUAAGAAGAAGAAAAAGAAGAAGAAGAAGGCUGCUGAGGAGGGAGGAGCGGCCGGCCAGGGUGAGGAGCCAGAGAAGGAGGCGAUACCUGCAGCCUCGGUGAAGAAGCAGCCACCUGUUCAGGAGAAUACUGCUGCCGUCCAGCCUGUCAAAGCACCUACUGUCGAGGCCAGAGUGGAGCAACCAGUGAAGGACAACAUAUCCCAGAAAACCCCUGUCACACAAGUGCCACAGAAGCCAACUUAUGGAGAGCCCACUGCCAAGCAGAACAGUGUUUCUGCUCCAACACAACAAAAAAAAAACCUGAGGAGAACCAAGCGCCCAAGCCGGCAAAGAAGAAGAAGGCGAGGAGAGAGACAUGAGAACCGAGUCCACUCUGCAGACCUCUGUAUGCAAAAGACUUCAUAUCCUGUUUAUGCAACACCUUUUUUUGACAAGAGCUUUGAACUAAGGUCAUCAUGAUGGACCUAAACCUUAAAACCUGUCGGGAAAAUGAGAGAACUUUUAUACAUGUCGAGUGUCAGUUGAUGGAUCGUUGAACCUAGAUGCAGUGCAAUCUAAAGUAAUGCAGUGUUAAUGAUUUUUAAGUAUGAAUUUGAUACUCUUGAUUCUGUCUUCUAAUUCCACUGAAUCAAAUAACGGAUUGAAAAAGCUGUAUUGUAGUAAUUAGACGUGUAGAAAAAAUACUGAUCAUGUUUAGAAAUCUGAUGUUAUGGUGGCUAACGACUGGAUUUUACUGUGUAGAGAAUGAAAACGGUCAACAUGCAUCAGGUCACACAACACUGGGCCAUAAUGUUGAACUGGCCUUUGCUCUUGCGGUCUUUUAUUUUGUUCUUACAAUUGUGAGCCAUGAUGGUACAGCGAGCGCUGUCGGUGAGGGGAAAAAGAGCGGAGAAAUCAAUUGUUUAUUUCACGUCAACAGUUUUAGCUCAACAAGGUGUAAUCAUUUGUGACAAAGGAGGCAUAAGCAUUGUAAAGUGCAGAAAAGGGAAAUCAUGUCUGCUCUGUAUUUUUGCAUUUUUAAUCUGUGAUUACAACAUUUCAACUGACUCAGUCCACCUGGUUUGUCCCUUGUCCGAUGUUGUGCUGCGGUGUUUCGAGACAACGGUUUCCUUGCUGUUUUUACUAUCUGUGACUGCUUUGUGGCCAGAACCAUGUGGGAGCCUCUGAUCGUAGAUGUAACGUUGCAAUUUCAUCAACAUCUUCAUGAUUUUCCACCUGUGUUUGAUGCGGAAGUCUUCAGAACCUUUUGUAAAACCUGUUUGUAAUAAAAGAAAAGCUAAAGCCAUAUGUAAAAAGACUAAAUAAAGGCCAGUUUUUCUAUA